UCUUGGAUAAUUGAAUCGGAGAGAGAGAGAGAGAGAGAGAGAGAGAGAGAUCAUGAGAGUCGGUCUAGGAAGGAAACUAGGAGUGGAGCGAGGAUUUGGGCGAUAAAUGGGAGAGAAUCAUAUGCAUAGGACUUUAGAUUUGCAUGGUUUGAAUUAUGAAAAAAUAUAGGCUUUUUUUUCUUUGUUCUUGUUGACGUAUAUCUAUAUCAGAUGAUUCUGAUCUGUCUCUCAGACAAACAACUGGGUCGGAGAAAAAUCAUAAGCCUCUCAAUUACUUCUCUCUGCACUCUCUCUCUCUCUCUCCCCAUCCCUCUUCAGUGUUUGCUGAAAACUUGGCUACGCUUUUGGGAUUGUUCCUCAAAUUCGUUAACCAGCGAGAUUUUGGGUAAAUUUUUCCUGCCUCGAUUCUUCAAUUUUUAUAUAAGAUUUACUUCCAAUUCUUGAUUUCAAAACAAUGAAUUAGUGAAGGUCAAGAUUUGGUUCUCUCUUUCUAAGAUCUUUGUAUCUGCUUCAAAUUUUCUUGAAACGAUAAUGGAAGAGAGAGACAAUGGCUCAAAAAGACCGAAACAAAAUUAAAGCAAUACAAGCAUGAAAAACACUGUAUCUUUGCAUCUAGGUUUGUUUUAAAAUUUUUGAGAUUUUAUGAACUUAGAUGGAAAAGAACAAUAAUGGAUCAGGUGGAACAACCUCAAAAGUGUGGCAAGAGCAGUAGUUGUAUUGGUGUUGGUGGUAGUAUUGAUAUUGGAGGUGUUGCUAGAUCUUCCAAAAAGUCCAAGCAAAAGAAAGCCCCGCAGAGAGGACUUGGCGUGGCACAGCUUGAAAAGAUCAGGCUAGAAGAACAGCAAAAGAAAGGCACUAUUUUGUUAUCUCCACCUUCAGUCUCACCGACCAAAUCUUCCUUUAUAUCUUUGCCAAUUCCAAAUUACCACCAUUCAAAUCCAUCGUCAUCCUCAAUUCCCUUUCAUUCUCCAUCCCCGGCUCAUCUUUCAUCGCUAGAUUCGAUGAUCAGGCCACCUCAACCGGUCCAAAACAUCGAUGUACGAAAUUCAAGCACGGUUAGUAGCGGCGGGUUUGAAGCCGGAUGGCCAGGGAUUUCGGUUCCUGGGUAUGGCUGUGUGCCUAAAUUGCGGAACGCUAAUAAGUAUGAUCCCGAGAAGGAGAGUUCUGGGUUGGAUCCAGGAUUGGCAUUUCGGUCGAAUUUGAAUUUGCCUUAUGAAUUGGACAACCAUUUUUGGCCUCCCCCUUGUUUGAUGCAAAGAACGCAGCAAUAUCAGCAUCCUUCUCAUUCGAUGGUGAAUGUCUCAUCAGGAACAUCAUCAUCGUCAGUACUAAGUUUUCGGAUGGAGCCCCCUUCAAACCAAAGCUAUGAUGGCAAUUAUAUAUCGUCGUGGUCAGAGGAAGAGAAGAUGGUUGGCAUGAAGAGACCAUAUCCCUUCUUUCUAGACGAUUCUUCAGGCCCCUCUUUCAAUUACAAAUUACGUACCCUUAUCAGAUCAGAUAAACCAGCCUCAUCUGAAAACGGAGGACAGUUUAAUUUCAGGGCUAGAAAAUUGAUUUUAAGAGAAAGCCCUUCAUCCUCAAUUUUCUAUUCCAAGAUGGAGUCAAAUACAAGCAUUAAAGGAAAUGAGGUUCUGAAAGGAAUGUCUCUCUCGCUAUCUCCUCCCGGAAACACAUCAACUUGUCCAAGCUCAAAACUCAAGCCACUUUCAGCUUGUAUAGCAUUGCAAGACAGCAUAUUCCCUGAUUUUGAAUCACUGCCAUAUCAAGGUACUGUGGAAGACCCCAUUAUCCAGCAGUUGCCAAGUCAGUCGGAUCAGAAACAACCUUUUUAUUGCUUCCUCCAACCAGCAAAGGUGCAAAUUGGCCAAGCAACAACCACAAUGAACAAUUGUAAUGGAGUAGGAGAAAGUAUUGAUCUCAAUUUGAAGUUAUAAAUGGCUUUGUCCAUUUGUCUCUACCCAUAUCUUUUAGUUUGUUUGGCAGGCUGGUUGUUCCGCAGUAUGAGACAAUACCAGAGAUAAUCUUUAGCUUUUUUGGUUGUUCUUUUGGAUAUUGCAACAUGUUAAAUUCAAUGUAUAACUAAAUAUGCUUAUGUAAGCUUGAGGAUCAAAGGAAGAUAGGGAGAAGUAGAUUUUGUUUGUUUGAA